GCUAGUUCUGUCAAUCACUAGCCAUGCAGGCGCAACAUUUGUGGGGCGCAGGGAGGAUUAUUGAGUCAGGACCAGGCCCUACACAGGGCUGAAUCGCGAGGUUGCUUCUGGCAAAGGAUCAGUCGGUGGAAGGGAAGGACAAUAAGCCCCCAUCUCAUGAACAGCAUGCGCUACCGUACUGAGCUGAAAUGCUGAUUCCUUCUUGAUCUCACCGCUGUGUCCACGCAAUUUGUGUAAAAAAAGCAUUGGCAGGUCUUAUCGAGAGCAAGAUAAGUAGUGGUUGUCCUGGCGAUUAUUGCGUUGUUGAAGUCGUGAGAGCGUCAGAGUAGGCUAAAAUCUUUGACGAAUGCAGGUUGCAACGGGGAUUUGCACUGCCUUCACCAGUACAGCGCGCGCCAGGCCGAAAGGCAAAAGUCUACAAAUGCACGCUCAGUGCUUGAUGACAGGUGGUGGUUCACUGAGUAGAAACCACUAAAAAGUACCAGUGAUCAGGAGACUCCAGUGAUCAGGAGACUAUGUAACUGUGCGCUUUCAGGACACUUCUUGUCAAGGAGAAUAGUGCCAGCUCCUGUAAGACUGUACUUCAGCCCUGUUCCAUCCUGACCUAUCUGCUUUUAGAUAAAGCUCGAGAAUGCAGUGCGAUGAAUGUUGAGCUGUACAUACCACCGAAGAAGGGCUCUCUAGACCCUGUUAUCAGUGAAAUAGCGGCCCUGGAAAAGCGCAUCUUCCCAAAGCAUGAGUCUAUGUCCUCAUAUCUCAAGGAGGAAGUCAACCGGAGAGGGACCACUCUGAUGUUCGUGAGAGCGAAGCAGAGCCAUUCAAAUCUGGAACCUCCGGAUGUAACCAAAGCUGGGGAAAGCGAACCACUCCCCCCAGUGGUCGGGUACAUCAUAUUCACUGCCAGUUCACUGGUGGGUAAUAUCACCAAGCUAGCAGUCCACGAAGCAUACCGACAGCAAGGGUAUGCAUCUGCUCUUAUCGAAGCUGUAGUCAAGCGCUUGAAGGGUCGCCGAAUAGCAAGCGUUGCACUCCAUGUCGAUCCAUCUCGAACCGCUGCAUUCCAGCUCUACAAAAAACUUGGCUUCUCGGUAGAGUCGCGGCAUGAGUCAUACUAUGCGCCUGAUCGGCACGCUGUGAGGAUGCUUCUUGAGAUUGAUUGACCAGGGCGGGUCAAAUUGCU